GCGGCGCAGCAACCAGGCCCUGCGUGAGCGCUGUGAGGAGAUGGAGGGAUGGCAGCGGAGGUCUAGAGAAGAGAGGGAGUUCCUCAGCUGUCGUUUCCAGGAGGCCCGGGCUCUAGUGGAGAGACUGGCCAGGGAGAACCACAGCCUCACCAGCCUGGCCAGCCCCUCCAACCCUGGAGCUGACCAAGGCCUGCUGGUCAACGGCCCCAGCCAGGCCUCCAACUCUAACGGAAUUCUUGCUGGGGAGAGGAGGGGAGGGGACCAGGAGAAGAAGAGCUCGGAGGAGAGGAGGGAGGGGACCAGGAGAAGAAGAGCUCGGAAACCAACGGACCUAUGGCAUCCUCUCUGGUGAAAGACAGAAUGGCAGAGAAUUGUGAGAGAAUGUCAGAAUGGCAUAGAACUGGUUCCCAAAUAAAUACGUUGGACAAUGAGAAACUUGUACGACCAAAAGAGAAACUGCACAUCUUAUUACAGCAGGCAGGUGCAGACAAAGACGUUUUCACCAUGAAAGAGGUGAUAUUCUACCUGGGGCAGUACAUCAUGAAGAAGCAGCUUUAUGACAUGAAGCAGCAACACCUAGUGCACUGUGCUGAAGACCCACUGGGGGCUGUACUGGGAGUGGACAGCUUCUCUGUUAAAGAGCCACGAGUCCUCUUCGCUAUGAUCACACAAAAUCUCCUAGCAGUGCAAAAACAAGAAUCCCAGUCUCUGGAUAAACCGGAUAGAGGGCCUAAGGAAACAGACUCAGACUGUCCUUCAUCAUCUACCUCAGAACGGAGGAGGAGGAGGAGUGACCCUGCGGGUACAUCAUCGACACAAGAGGAGGACGGCUGUGAGCCCAGGAAGAGGCAUAGGUCAGACAGCUUUUCUCUACCCUUUGAUGACAGCAUGUCCUGGUGUGUGAUAGGAGGCCUGAGACGAGACCGGAGGAGCACUGAGUCUUCAGACUCCCACAGUAACACUGAAGUAGGUUCAUCGGUCAGUGACGUGUGUGACGAUGUUCUGAGCCAGGAUCUGAACUCUGAUAACUUCAGCGUGGAGUUUGAGGUGGAGUCCAUUGACUCGGAUGCCUACAGCGAUCCCGAAGAGGCUUCAGUGUCUGGAGAGGACGAGGUGUAUGAAGUCACCAUCUUUGAAGCAGAGGAGGAGGACUCGUUCGAUGACGACACUGAAAUCACGAAAGCAGACUACUGGAAGUGCUCGAAGUGUGAGGAGUUGAACCCUCCCCUGCCCCGUAACUGCAACCGCUGCUGGAAGCUAAGAAAGGAAUGGUUUCCCCAGUCUGACAGCAACUCUGCUAUCACCACCACCACCACCACCACGGCCCCCAACCUCAAACCUUCGUCCCCCAAGCCUUCCCCAGCCCCGACAGAGACAGACGAGACCGAGGCUGAAGGACUGGAUGUCCCAGACGGGAAGAGAGCCCGGUCGCCCCUUCCCCUCCUCAAAGACUCCCAGGAAUUGGUGUCCGUCUCUGGCCCCGAUUCCCAAGACUCAGCCUGCUCAUCCCAGCCUUCCACCUCUUCUUCUUCUUCCAGUGGUGUAGGCUCAGGCUCGUCCUCUAGCGCCCCCUUCAGCCAGGAAGUGAUGGCACCAGACCUGGAGCGCUUCAACAGCCAGGAGGCUCACCUCCCCGCCAGCUGCCUGGAGCCCUGCGUCAUCUGUCAGACCAGGCCCAAGAACGGCUGCAUUGUACACGGACGCACCGGACACCUCAUGGCCUGUUACACCUGCACCAAGAAACUGAAGAAGAGGAACAAGCUGUGUCCAGUCUGCAGGGAGCCCAUCCAGUCCGUCGUCUUCAUUUAUCUCAGCUGAGGACGGCUAUCGGCUAGACUGGCUUGCAUCCCAAAUAGAAGUCUAUUCCCUAUGUAGUGCACUACUUUCAACCAUGGCCCAUAGGGCUCCGGUCAAAAGUAGUGCACUAUAUAGGGAAUAGGGUGCCGUUUAGGAUGUAACCUAUAGCUACACCCACUCCCUGAUCCAAACCACCAUACCUCUGAAUUAAUAAAUGUGUAUAUAUGUUUCAUUGUUUAUUUGGAAGUGGUUUUAUUUCUGAACGGUCUGAGUGUCUUGACUCUACCAAGCAAGGUGCCUGUUGUUGAUUUGUGAUGGAUUUAUAGUGAUAAUAAUCUCCUGAUGUGUUCUAUCUAGGGUUUCAAAUGGAUCAAAUUCUCUUAGCAGUGAUAUAUUCACUUUAUUUUAUUAGUUUGAUUUGAAUAAAGUAUGUCUAUCAAAAUAACACUUAUAUAUUGGGAACUAUGGUCGUUUUUGUUGUUUUAUUUUUCACCUAGUCUUCCCUCUAUCCUGCACAGAUGAUUUUGAUAAUGAUAGUCUUAUAAUUGGAUCUAUAAUGAUAUGGGGUAAAUCUAUGUGAAAGUCAACGUUCACCGGCAGAAAGAGACAUUUGUUGUUUGUUGUUGCCGAGGGGACUACUUUUCAUUAAAUCUCAGCAAACAUGCCCUAUUCCCUUUAUAGUGCACUACUAUUGACCAGGGCCCAUGGGGUGCCAUUUGGGCUGCACGCUUAACACUGAAGCGCUGCUACUUUCUCAAGUCUCAACCCGGGCAAGCCAACUGACUGAAGUUAAACAUUUAAGGCUGUCGUUAUGCCGUUGGAGCGCUGAAGAGACCUUUGAAUGAUAUUAAAAUCAGGUUUUGAUUUG